AUGCCUCCCCGCAAGCAGUGGAUCGAUAAAAAGAAUGCAACCACAUACCAACUCUUCCACCGAUCCCAAAAUGACCCCCUGAUCCACGACGCCUCAGCCGAUGACCGUGUUCUGGCCCCCGUGUCAGGCCCAGCAGCAGGUAGCUCUACAUUCGAAGCCCGCGGCAAGAAGCUCUCGGAUCUAGCCAGUGAAUUUGGGACCGAGCCCGUCCGGAGAAACGAAGGUGAAGCUGCGAACUACGGUAUUUUCUACGAUGACUCCAAAUAUGAUUACAUGCAACAUUUGCGCGAGCUGGGCACCGGCGCCGGCGAUUCGUAUUUUGUGGAGGCCAAGAGCAAGGACAAGGGCAAAGCUAAGGGCAUGAAGCUGGAAGAUGCUCUGCGACAAGUCACUCUGGACGAUGCGAGAAGCGAGUAUGGGCCCGGAAGCGUCUAUGGAUCUGAUAUGCGUUCGACUGCCUCAUCCUAUGUCCGGCAACCGACCUACCAGGACCAGCAAAAUGUGCCCGAUGCGAUUGCGGGAUUCCAGCCUGAUAUGGAUCCCCGUUUGCGGGAAGUAUUGGAGGCUCUUGAGGAUGAGGAAUUUGUUGACGAAAACGACGAGGACGAUGUGUUUGGCAAAUUAACUUCUCAGGCGGAGGAGAUUGACCAGGGUGAUUGGGAGGACACGUUGUUUGACGAGGAAGAUGAUGACGGAUGGGAGUCUGAUGCCACUGAGAAGGCCCCUGUGCAGCCCAGCAAAACCGACUACAAACCACCGCAGAGGAGCGAAUUUGCCCAGAAUGAACACCAGGACGCUGAUUCAGGUGAACUGCCCGAUCACGAUGCGCCAGCUCCAGAUUUGCACCCCGAGGACCAAGGAUGGAUGCGCGAGUUUGCUAAGUUCAAAAAGGAGGGUAAAGUGAAGCCUGCGCCGGCAGCACCGCCCAGUAUUAUGCCCUCAGAGCAACAAAGCACCCUUGCCUCCACGGUCUUCACAGUAGGCGGUACCCCCAUCCGCAGAAAGAAGCGUAAAGGUGCACUUACCAACCCUUCGGCCUACUCCAUGACUUCUUCCGCUCUGGCCCGGACGGAAGGCCAUCGGCUGUUGGAUGACCGGUUUGACCGGGUGGAGGCACUCUACGCUCUGGACGAGGAAGAUGAGUACGAUGAUAGCAUGUCCAUGGUCAGCGGUAUGACCGGUAUGACCGGCAUGACCGGCUUCUCGACCGCGUCAUCGCAGGCCCCCAGCCUGAUCGACGCGAACGGAGUGGCUGUGGCCCCCCGCCAUGAUUUCAACGAGGUCAUGGAUGAUUUCCUUGCAGGCUGGGAUGGCAACACAGGCGCUCAAGUGAAGCGAAAGGGUGCCAAGGCAAAGAGAGGCAAGAAUGGUAACGAAGCAAUUGGAAUCAGAAUGUUGGACGAGAUCCGACAAGGAUUGGGUCCCGCCAAGAUGCCAGGAAAAGCUUCUGGACGGGCGUAA